AUGCCCAACAGCAGUUUCCUCAAUGAGUUCCUCCUCCUGGCAUUCACAGGCACGUGGGAGCUGCAGCUCUUGCACUUCUCCCUCUUCCUGGGCAUCUACCUGGCUGCCUUCCUGGGCAACGGCCUCAUCAUCACAGCCAUAGCCUGCAACCACCGCCUCCACACCCCCAUGUACUUCUUCCUCCUCAACCUCUCCCUCCUCGACCUUGGCUCCAUCUCCACCACUGUCCCCAAAUCCAUGGCCAAUUUCCUGAGCAACACCAGGGCUAUUUCCUACCUGGGAUGUGCUGCCCAGCUCUUUCUGUUUGUCUUCUUGUUAUCAGCAGAAUAUUCUCUCCUCACUGUCAUGGCCUACGACCGCUUUGUUGCCAUCUGCAGACCCCUGCACUAUGGGACCCUCCUGGGCAGCAGAGCUUGUGUCAAAAUGGCAGCAGCUGCCUGGGGCAGUGGGUUUCUCAGUGCUCUCCUGCACACUGGGAGCACAUUUUCAAUACCACUCUGCCAAGGCAAUGCUCUACACCAGUUCUUCUGUGAAAUUCCCCAGAUCCUCAAGCUCUCCUGCUCAGACUCCUACCUCAGGGAACUUGGGGUUCUUCUGGUUAGUGUUUCUUUAGGUAUCGGGUGUUUCAUUUUCAUUGUGGUGUCCUACGUGCAGAUCUUCACUGCUGUGCUGAGGAUCCCCUCUGAGCAGGGCCGGCACAAAGCCUUCUCCAUGUGCCUCCCGCACCUGGCCGUGGUCUCCCUGUUUGUCAGCACAUUCACAUUUUCCUACCUGAAGCCCCCCUCCUUCUCCUCCCCAUCUCUGGAUCUGGUGGUGGCUGUUCUGUACUCGGUGGUGCCUCCAGCAGUGAACCCCCUCAUCUACAGCAUGAGGAACAAGGAUCUCAAGGAUGCACUAAGGAAACUUAUUCAGUGA